UUUAGCAAGCAGGUUGACAGGGAAACAUCCUUGUUUGUCUUUAUGCAAACAUCAAACUAAGAAUGGCAAAAAUGAGUCUCUCUUCCUAUAUAUUAAUAUUAACUUUUUCUCUGUUUUCUCAAGGUAUUUUACUUUCAGCUUCCAAGUCCAUAAGAAAUUUAGAAGAUGACGUGGUGUUUAAUACAUUUCGGAUGGGAAAAGCCUUUCAGAAGGAAGAUACUGCAGAAAGAUCAGUUGUUGCCCCUUCUCUGGAACAGUAUAAAAAUGAUGAGAACAGUUUCAUGAAUGAUGAGGAAAACAAAAAUUCAAAGAACACAGGCUCCAAACAUAAUUUUGUGAGUCAUGGUCUGCCACUGAAUCUGGCUAUAAAGCCUUAUCUUGCAUUAAAGGGAUCUGUAGCUUUUCCAGUUGAGAAUGGAGUUCAGAAUAUUGAAUCAACACAAGAAAAGAGAGAAAUUGGGGAUGAAGAAAACUCAGCUAAGUUUCCAAUAGGAAGGAGAGAUUUCGACAUGCUCAGGUGCAUGCUGGGGAGAGUCUACCGGCCUUGUUGGCAAGUCUGAUACCUGUUGGUUCACGUCAUCUUUGGGGAAGAAAACAAAACCAUUUCAUUGCCAGUGGGAAGAAAACCUUUAAUGUUCUAUAACUUGUAUAUUAUUUUAAAUGUCUGCUUUAAAAGAAAGUAGUGUUAAGACAUACCAAUAAUCUAAAUGAUGUGCUUUUUCUGUAUAUUAAACUUUGUGAAAAUUCUGCAUAA